UUGCUCUUCUUUCUGUUUUCUUGUCCAGAUUCCCUGCAGUGUAAUGUUUGUCACCAGGAGAGGAGAUCCACUCUGGACCAGGAGGAGUUAGAACCUCUGCAGGUGAAACAAGAACAGGAAGAACCAGAAGAUCAUCAGAUAAAAGAAGAGCAGGAGGAUCUARARYACCAGCAGAUAAAAGWGGAARAGRAAGAARUUYWCUGCAGUCAGRGUGAAGAACAGRUUGAGKUAAAACAGGAGACUGAUACCUGCAUGGUGGUUCCUGUUGAUGAACAAACAUCUCACACUGAAUCAGAACCAAACAGGAACCAAGUCAUCUUCCAGGAAGCUGCUGAAGCUGAGAACCAAAAUCAGGAAAUAAGAAAACSUUCCUUAUGUGUGACCUGUGGAAAAAGGUUUAGUCUAAAGCGAAAUUUAACUCGGCACAUGAUGAUUCACACUGGUGAAAAGCCGUUUUUAUGUGUGACCUGUGGAAAAAGUUUUAGUCUAAAACGGAGUUUAACUUUGCAUAUGAUGAUUCACACUGGUGAAAAACCAUUUUCAUGUGUGACCUGUGGAAAAAGUUUUAAUCUAAAGCGGAGUUUAACUCUGCACAUGAAGAUUCACACUGGUGAAAAGCCGUUUUUAUGUGUGACCUGUGGAAAAAGUUUUAAUCUAAAACGGAGUUUAACUCUGCACAUGAAGAUUCACACUGGUGAAAAUCCGUUUUCAUGUGUGACCUGUGGAAAACGUUUUAGUCUAAAACGGAGUUUAACUCAGCACAUGAUGAUUCACACUGCUGAAAAUCCAUUUUCAUGUGUGACCUGUGGAAAAGUUUUUGCCAUAAAACGGAGUUUAACUCAGCACAUGAUUAUUCACACAGUUAAAAAACCGUUUUUAUGUGUGACCUGUGGAAAUUUCUUUUGUACAAAACGGAAUUUAACUCAGCACAUGAUGAUUCACACAGUUGAAAAGCCAUUUUCAUGUGUGAAGUGUGGAAAAAGUUUUCAUCACAAGGUUAGUUUAACUCUGCACAUGAUGAUUCACAGUGGUGAAAAGCCGUUUUCAUGUGUGACCUGUGGGAAAAUUUUUAAAGACAAAGUUGGUUUAGCUCUGCACAUGAUGACUCACACAGUUGAAGAGUCGUAGAAUUGUUUUCCAUGUGUGUCCUAUGUUGAGUUUCCCUAUAAAGUUGAUUUGGUUAAAAACUAGAAUAUGGUUGAAACGAUUCAAGUGAUUCCAGUAACUUGACAAAUGGGUGUUGAAUCUCAUCGUGGCGGCACGUAGCUGGUAGACGAGUUUCUGUGUGUGACAAACGAAGGUGUUAAAUCCCGUCACUUCUUUUUUUCUUUCUUCAGGUUAACUUGUAAAGUAAGCUAUUAUUGUUACAAGUUCAUUUUCUAGACUACAGAAAAGUUAUUAUUAGGGAAGCUCAUGGCAGAGCGGCGAAUUUGGCGUUCUCACCAAUGCAAAGAAAAUGUUAUGACUUUCAUUUGAAGGCCAAUUGGCACCAAACUUGACAUGAAUGAUCCUGGUUGGAUCCCUGACAAUCCUAUGUCAUCAUAGUUUGACGUCAUCCAAGCCACUCCUCUGAACAAGAAGUAACGUUUUUUCUCUUGGAAAGCUCCAUCUCUCACCCGCUUGGCCUAAUUAGGGUGAUCUUAUGUCAGAUGACAGAAAACAAGUUGGUCUCACUUACCUUAAAGUGCCAAGAGUUGUAAGUGGAUGGCGGUGCGGCGCAGUGACAGGUCACGCCGCUGCCAUACGUUUGGCUAUAAAUUCCACACGUUUCGACCGAGCUGGACCAAACUCAGUGAAAAAUUUUGUGUAAAACAGAAUUUAACUCUGCAAAAAUGGAACGUACUGGAAUGGGUGAUUGUUUUUAAUGAAUCUAUACAAAACCAUAUUUGUGAUGAUGUUUGUCUUUAAAGCAAAACGAGAUUGAAACUGAUGCUGUCAGUUGGUUCAAGUUAUAUUAACCAGUCUUACUGUACCUAUUUAAAAUCUUUUCAAAUGAAAUAAAAUUCAUUUGUACAUUAAAGAAAAUUCAAGAUUCACCACAAAAUAAUUUUUAUGCAUUACUUGUACAAAGUAUGUGUGAUUGGUUUCAAUAAAUGACUUUUUCUCUCA